AUGUUGGGAAAUUUGGAUGUAAAAAUAUGCAGAACAACUACUAGCCAGUUGUCUGCAUAGGAUCUCGACGAGACCUACAUCAUCUAACGGCCUGUAGGAUAGGGAAAAUAUGGAUAGGUCUUUAGGGCUUAAAACAAAUUGAACAAGUAGAUUGUUGCCUUAAAAAAAAUAAAAUAAGAGAAAGAGGCCAAUGGAUUUCCGCGAACGGCAAUGAGAGAAAUUCAUCUGCUUUCAUCAAUAAAGCAUCAAAAUAUAGUGAGUUUUCAAGAAGUCGUCGUAUAAUCUAAGAACACAUAUUUAGUACUGGAAUACAUGGACACGGACCUGCAUAAUCUGUUAUAGAGACGAAUAGUUUUUAGUUUAGAUCAAGUUCGAUAUUUGAUGUAUCAAAUACUUGAAGCACUUUCUUAUCUGCAUUCCAGGAAUGUGUACCAUAGGGAUUUGAAGCCCAAUAACAUACUCUACAACGUCAAGGGAUAAGUAAAGAUCUGCGAUUUUGGAAUGGCCAAUGAAUAUUCAAAAAAGAGACCAUAAACCAAGCGGAUAUUGGUUCCCCAAUACAGAGCUCCUGAAAUCUACCUAGGCGAAUAGUAGUACGAUUGUUCGGUUGAUGUGUGGUCAGCUGGCAUCCUCUUUCUUGAGCUAAUAGUAAAACCAAGUCCCUUUGUGUUGGCAAAAUCGGAAUCUCAAUGCUUUUCAAAAAUAAUCGAUCUUUGUGGAACUCCUACGGAAGGUUUGAAUUUUAUUUUUUCUUUUAUGGUGAUUGGUCAGAUGUGAGUUCACUUCCCCUUUACCAUGAAUUAAUUAAUGAACCGAAGGAAAGGACAUUACGCAAGUACUUGCACGCUCAAUAAAAUGCCAUGCCUCA